AUGUUGAGUUUGAUUGUUUUUAUGCUUCAGUGGAAGCCGUUGUUUGCGAAGAUUUUUCUAGAUAUUUUGAAGCAUAAAAGUGGAAUGGAGAGGAAUGCCCUAAUGGAGUUUGUGGGGAUUGAUGUUGGGAACUACAAAACUUUGAUUGCCUCAUCGAGGGACAAUGGGAAGGUGUACAGCGACGAGCAGGGGAAGCGUGGGAUAAGGACGAUCAUGGAGUUGAGCAAGCCGAUUCGUAGGUUUGGAAAUGCAGUAACGAGCGAUGUGAAUGAGAUGAUUGAACGGAGAAGGCGAAGCUUCCGAGAUGAGCUGAAUGACAGCAAAGGAAGGGCAGACAUGGGGAUAUUUAUGAAGUAUCUUGACAGGAUAGUAAAUAGCAGUACUCCGACGCACCCGCCGAUAUGCAUGACGGUGCCGGUGUAUUUCAAGGAGAGGGAGAGGCGAAUUCUGAGCGGCAUAGCGAAUGCAGUUGAGUUUAAGCUUGAGGAGAUAGUUACUGAUGUGUCUGCGAUUGGAAUGUUUGCUUGUGUUAGGCGUGAGAAUAUGCCUGAGAGUUUUCUGGUGCUUGAUUUUGGAUAUUCGAAGACGACGGCAGGGAUGUUUAAGUUUGAAAAGAAUGUUCUUAAGCCGGUGUAUAUGAAUGUAGUGAAGACGGGAUCGAUGCAGUUUGAUGAGAAACUGAUUGAGAUGGUGAUAAGGAAGAAUGCGCUCGAAAGGAAUGCACUGACAAGGGAGAAGGUAAGAAGGAAUCUUGACAAAAUCAAGACGACAUUGAACUCAACAGAAAGCUGCAGCCUACAUAUGUUUAUUACAGACAAUGCGAUUAAUGUGGUAGUUACGCAGGAAGAGUACAGACAAGCGAUGAAUGAGGAAGCGAAUGAGCUCAAGAAAUUUGUUACAAAGGUGAUUGAGGAUACGAUGCAUGAAGGAGUAGUGGAGGUGACGGGAGGAAAUGCAAACUCGUUUGUGAUUAAGGAGAUGCUUGAUGGAUUGGUGGAGUAUAAGGCCACAUUGGAUGUGUCAGAGUCUUCGGCAAUAGGAUCAGCGCUUGGGAUGGCAUGCAGGUCGCUGAGGACAAAAUUUUCGUUGAACGAGAUAGUUGGAAGGGAGAUAUGUGUGAAGAUGCAGGGUGAAGAUGUGAAGCCAACGGUGGUGUUUAAAGCAGACGAAGUUAUUGGAGGGAACGCGAAGAUGGUUACUUACUACAGAAAGGGACGAUUUGAUUUGGAAGUGAUUGAGGACGGAGAGGUGAUAUCUGUCCUGAGAGUAGAGAAGGGGGAUAGUGAAGAGGUAGAGGCGGUGAAUGUGUCUCUGGCGAUCAGCAAGCUUGGAACGGUGUGUGUGGCUGCAGUGAAUGUUACGAAGACAGGCAAUGGGGCUGAGGCAGUUGACUACAGGUAUGAGUGCUUUGCGCUUUCUGAUGAGGAGAUGAACGAAAUAAAGGCAUUGGAGGAGGAAUAUAGAGAUUGCGAGCUUGGGAGGGAGAAGGUUGGGGCAAUGAGAAAUGAGUUAGAAACGAUGGCUGUUGGCCUUGGGGAUGCUCUUUCGACAAGGUUCAGCAAUGUUUUCAAUGAGGAGGAGAUUAAUUGUGUUAAAGAGAUUACAAUGGAUUUGUUUGAUAUUCCACUUCCUGAUACGGUUAAGCAAGAGGAGAAGAUAAGGGAUGAUUUGCUAUCUAAGCUUGGGUUUGUGUCGGCAAAACUUAGUGAGUGCAAGCAGAAUGUGGUGAGUGCCCUUGAGAACGGAAGAGACAUGGUGAAUGAGUUUAAGAGCGAGAAUCCGAAGAUGUUUACGCCGAGCUUCUACAAGCUGCAAGGCCUUCUUUACAAAACCGAAGAAUGUUUGAAAACGUUUGAUCUGAAUGUUUUCAAUGCAGGCUGUUUUGAUGAGGGGAUUGCAGUAAAUAUUUUGAAGGACAUACACUUCUAUAUUGGCAAGGCCAAAGAGGAAGUUGCAGAGAAGAAAGCUGAUUUGAAGAAGAAUGAAGAGGAAUGCUGUGAAAAGGAGGAGUGUUGCGAGGGCAAUGAGUGCUGCAACGGGGGAAAUAAAGAUGACAUGAAAGACGAGGGAGCAGAUAACAAUGGUGACGAGUCUAAUCAUAACAAUGACGAUUAA